GAGGUGUGGCUCCAGUGAAUGGUUGGAGGAGGGUCGAGUUUCAGUCUCAGCGGUAGAUCCAUGAGCGAAGAAAUCAGCGGCUGAAUUUUACACAGUUAACCGGGACUGAGAGGAACCAUGCUGGAAUAAAAAUCUGAAAGCUCAUUUACGGCUCGCAUCAGCUGGCAGUCUCUUCGGAGAGCGGUGUGAUGGCUUUAAGCGCUUUAGUGGCUACAGAGACUACACAGCCUUCCUGUUUUCAGGACAUACCAACCUUAAAAGCUGAUCAGGCCAAAAGGGAGGAGUGCAUUUCCAAAUUCUGUUUGGAUAAUGUCAUGCAGAGGAGGACAUGAGAUUCAACCUCUUUCCCAGAAAAGCACUGAAGCAUGUGUUGUGGAUGUAGAGAUCAGUCUCUUUUGAACUGAAAAACACCCACUUAAUUUCUUUAAUUCAGACUUCACAUGUCUUUUGGAUCAGCUCAGCUGCCGUCUAAUUGGAGUUUGCUAAGCAGAUAGUCCCUAAAAGGAGGAAUGUGUGUGUUUGCCCACAAGGAUCUGAUAUUUCUUCACCUUUGACUUCUUUGAGGACAUAACUGAAAUAUGGAAAGGUCUCAGUGACCUUAAGAAUCCCAGUAAGAAUCAACGACGGGGUGUAAACAUAACAUUUGAAUACCAAAGAUACCUGGAAUAUAACCAUCUUUAGCUGCAAAGCAGAAACCAUGGCAACCAAAUGUAAAGACCAAUGGAAAGUAUCCAUGGAAACCACAAACUCUGCCUGGCUCUUGCUUUGGACCAUAUGGAUUUUUUUGGCUGGAGUCUUACAAGCAACUGUGGCGAGUGAAGAUGAUGUCACAGCACGCAUCAGUUUCACAUACAAUGCAGAAGGACGAUCAGUGAGAGAGUUCUCUGUGGAUGGUGUGUAUAACUAUUCAACCCUUCUGCUGAGUCCGGAUGAAAACAAGAUCUACGUGGGAGCCAGGGAGAACAUAUUCUCUCUCAGCCUGGAUAACAUCAGUGUGACGUAUCUGCAGAAAACUCUCACAUGGAGCACUCCUGAAAGUAAGAGGGACGAGUGUAUUUUCAAGGGAAAGGACCCCCAGACUGAUUGUUUCAACUACAUCAAGAUUUUACUGCGUCUGAACAGCACACACCUGUAUGUGUGUGGAACGUAUGCCUUCAGUCCCAUCUGUGCUUACAUCAACAUUUCAAGUUUCUCUCUGGAAAGAGAUGAAAAGGGGGAACACAUUAUGGAGGACGGACGUGGACGCUGUCCAUUUAAUCCAGAAUACAGAUCUACAGCUAUUACACUGGAUGGGGAACUGUACACUGCUACUGUCAGUAACUUCCAGGGAAAUGAACCCACCAUAUAUAGGAGUCUAGGUUCUGGCACCCCUCUCAAAACGGAGAACUCUCUCAACUGGCUCCAGGACCCAGCGUUUGUAGGUUCUGCUCAUAUUACAGAUUCAGACAGCGAGAGGAGUGAUGAUCAGAUCUACUUUUUCUUCAGCGAAAUGGGGAAAGAGUUUGACUUCUUUGAUAACACCAUAGUGUCCAGGAUCGCACGUGUGUGUAAGGAGGAUCAAGGUGGGGAGAGAGUCCUGCAGAAGAAAUGGACCACAUUUCUGAAAGCUCAACUCUUGUGUUCGCUACCGGACGAUGGCUUUCCUUUCAACAUCAUACAGGAUGUGUAUGUGCUUCCAGCCCAACGCAAGAAAAACACACUCCUCUAUGCAAUCUUCACUUCUCAGUGGAGUAAAGGUCUGGCAGGCAGUUCAGCAGUGUGUGUGUUCGGCAUGGAUCAAGUAGAAAAAGCGUUUAAUGGCCGUUACAAAGAAGUGAACCGAGAGACACAGCAAUGGUACACACACACUCACUCUGUACCUGAACCACGACCUGGAAUGUGUAUUACUAAUGCUUCAAGGCAUCUUGGAAUAGACUCAUCCCUUGAUAUGCCAGAUAAGGUACUGAACUUUGUGAAAGACCACUUUCUGAUGGACAGUCCUGUCAAAAGUCAGCCUGUGCUCUUCACACACUCUGUGCACUACACACAAAUUGCUGUGCACCACGUGCAAGGCCUCCAUGAAGCUUACGAUGUGAUGUUCAUUGGCACUGAUGAUGGACGUUUGCAAAAGGCUGUGAAUGUAGUCGGUGUGAUGCACAUCAUUGAGGAGAUCCAACUGUUCCCAGAGGAACAACCUGUACAAAACAUAGAGCUGGAUUCAACUAAGGGUUUGUUAUUUGUGUCGUCACACUCUGGUAUUGUGCAGCUGCCAGUAGCAAACUGCAGUUUCCAUAACAACUGUGGCGAGUGUGUUUUGGCAAGAGACCCAUACUGUGCUUGGACAGGCACACACUGUACUGAUGUCACACGUAUCCCACCACAAGACAAAUGGCAGCAGGAUAUUGAGAAGGCAGACACUUUAAAAUGUAACAGCAAAAUGUUGAGUGUGUACUCUGAGAGCUCAGUGUUACCACGUUCUUUCCCAAGUUCCCAAGAAUCUGAUUGCGAGCUCAUUAUCGUCCCAGCUAAUACUCUUCGCCUGCUGCCCUGCAAUCUUCGCUCCAACCAUGCACAAAGGAAAUGGUCAUACAAGCCAGACGUCGGACACUUCCUGUUCCCAAGCCCGGAUGGUGGGUUAGUUGUCAGCAGCCGUGCAGGCAGCGAUGAGAUCUUCUCAUGUUGGUCAGAAGAACAUGGCUUCAAGCAACUCUUGGCCAAUUACUGUGUGAAGGCAGAGCCUUUAUCCGAGACUACAACCAAUACGGAGCAGAUGGAUGCACAUCUUAUAAUCCAAAGCAUAUCGUCGGAUGUCUUGUCCAGUGAGUCAGCGCACUCCGCUCAACUGCGCAUAAAGACGUAUGGCACAGAGCUGGCAGUAGUGUGUGUGCUGUUAGCUGUUUGUGUGCUUUCGUUCGGGCUGUCAGUAGCAUAUCGACACAGGGGCCGGAUGAAGGAGGUACUGAGAGGAGGUGAGCAAACUGGAGGAGCCCAAAGGAGCACAGUCAGGCCGGGGGAGAGUUUACCCCUCAAUGCUGGUGCGCUUCCAACCUCCCCAUCCGACCACAAAAGCUACCAGACAUUGGACGAUAACUGUGGUUACAUAAUCGCUCAAUCAGAGACGAGCACGCAGAACAACUCCAAGGAAGCACAGACACUUGCCCAAACGCCACAGAAUGGCUUUAAAGAGACUCACGUGGAAGUCAGUGACAUUAGCCCUCGGCCACGAGUACGACUGGGCUCUGAGAUCAGAGACUCUGUGGUGUAAAAUACUGACGUUUCCGAUGAAUUUCCAUCAUUUACGCAUAAAAAAUCUAACACUCUUAAUGUUCACUUGGUACAUUCAAUGGGCAGCUUUCUUGAAGACUAAGCGUACUGAGCCCUGAGCACAAGAGAAUAGAUGGGACAUGCUCAGUGUGUGUAUUGCCAAAUUGUAGUUAAGACAAUGCCCUCAAAUCUACUCCCACAUCUCCUUCACUCUUUCAUGUUAAAACGGUAAAAUAUGACAGUUUACGGUGUUGAUAUGAGAGUGCACUGAUUCAUUAGAGAUCAGAAACAACAAUCCAAGGAAGGGUGGACCAGAUGGAUGAACAGGAGAGAGAUGGGCAAUGAGCCUUGUGUUGUAUGGCUAGUACUGGUGCUAUUAUCACUGCCAAGAUGAAGAGUAAUGAUGCCUAACUCAAGGUGAGAAGACUGUUCUAUAUGUCUGUUUGUAUUUCUUUGCUAUUUUCUGUGCAAAGUUUCAAUGCAUAAGUGUUUAAUGGGGUACUUUAAAUUUAAGAUUCGACUAUGAAACCUAUAGCCCAUACUCUACAGAUUCUCAUUAUACCAGCAUUGAACACCAGGCAGUUCAGACCAGGUUGCUUGUUAGUGUUAUAGAAUUCGGUUACUUUCUUAACAUUUUAGAAAUCUGCUGUUAUUUUAAUUUAUUCCCUUUUUAAAUGUCCAUUUUAUUGUUUAAUUUCUUAGUCCUUUUUUGGGAAGUAGUCUCUUGCUGUUUUCUAUUCUGUUAUUCAAAUGUGUUCAUGUUAGUAAAGUGCCUGGUGUUAAAUAAUGGUAUGAUGUGUAUGGAACUAAAUGUGGGGUAAUUAUAAAAAAAAAAAAAAAAAAAAUGUAGCAAGCGUGUAUGAGCAUUAAGAAACAUUGUUUCUUAAUACCCUUGAAUGUACAUCUGAAGAGUUAUAUGGGAAUGUAAAGCACAAAAACUUGAGAUUCUGUUCUGCCUCAUAGGUUGGUGGUUAUUGUGUUUGGAACAGAAUAUAGAUGGAAUCUAAACAGGCAGAAACAAGGUAAUGGUACUGUACAAUAAAACAAUAUUAUAAUAUUACAGUAUGAACGGUAUGCUUGGCAUUUUGGUAAAGAGUGAGAUAAUGGAGGAGUGGUUAAUACAGUGGGAAAAGGCUGAAAAUGUCUGUAAAUUUGCAAUCUGUUUAAGCAUAAAAAGGAAAAAAAAUGUAGAAGAACAUUGCAGGUUAUUUUCAUCUAUGGGUAAUCCAGACUUCAAACACACCCUCCUCCCACACAAACACACCCAUGCACUAACAUUGCUAUUAUAGACAUCCGUUCCACUUGGAAAAGUCUUUUUAAUCCACAUUAACCGUGACAUGUUUGAUGUUGUUUAAUCGUGUGUUACAUUCCACUGUGUUUUCAGCUUGUUUUAAAUGGAAAAUGUAAAGUAGAUUGUGGUCUUUUAUACUUUGACACUGUUUUACAUUGUAUAUUCACGCACUUUAUUUUUUUCUACCAGUAUUUGUAAGCUGUAAAUGAGGUACGCCACUGUCAACGUCCCGGUUUAAUAUUGUAGCCAAGGUUUGUACAUUAAUGAAGAGAUGAAAAUAGGUCUGAAAGAGUGUCUCCACUGUCUGACAUGCAAAAUAAAAUUUUGCAUAAACUCAAAA